GAUCCUAGGCAGAUCACUGUGUAACCCUUCUGGGCCUCAGUUUUCUUCUCCAUAAAAUCAGAAGAGCAGAAUUUAAGAGUUGGAAGAGACCUCAGCAGCCCGGAUCUGGCCUGACUCAUACCAGAAAAAGAAUUCCCACUCAGCAUCUGUGACAAGUAGUGAUCCAACUUCUUCUGGAAGACUUCCAGUGAAUUGGAGCCCCUUUUUUUUUUUGGAGGCAGCUGGUCAUGCUUGGAGUUACCUCUACCAGGUACUGCAUGGCAGGCCUCAAAGUUUGGCCCAAGUCUUCCCUGAACCUGCUGGUGUUUGCUGUCAUGCUCUCAGGGGCCCCAGGGAUCACUUGGAUAGAACCCCCAGAUGGAGUGAUCCUUCCUGGGGGAGAGUUUCGAGUGAACUGCAGUACAGAUUGUGACCAGCCAUGGCUCACUGGCCUGGAGACUCAAUUUGACAAGACACAAGUAUCGGAAGGAGCCAGAUGGAAAGUGUUCCAAGUAAGAAAUGUAACCCAGGAUGCCCUGCUAUUCUGCUUUGCCAACUGCCCUGGGAAAGAUCAGAUGCUCCAGCGUAUCAACAUCACUGUGAUUCGGUCACCAGAGAAUGUGCAGCUUGAGCCCCUGCCUCGAUGGAUUCUCCUGGGCCAGAAUCUCACCCUUCGAUGCCGAGUCUGGGGUGGGAAGCCCAGGCACAACCUGACAGUAUCACUGUUUCGAGGAGCUCAGGAGUUGAGCAGCCAGGCAGUAUCUGACCAAGGCCCCGAAAAGGCCGCCGAGGUCACAUUCACAGUCACAGCCAGCAGAGAGGACCACGGGGCCAAUUUCUCCUGCAGAGCCAAGCUGGACUUCAAGCUAGAGGGGCUGGGUGUCUAUGAAAACAGCUCUGCCCCCAGGGAGCUCCACACCUUUGCCCUGGGUACCCCUCAACUCACAGCCCCCAAGCUUCUGGAGGUCGGGAAGGAAGAGACUGUAAUCUGCGAGAUUGACAAGCUCUUCCCAGUGGAGAAUGCCCAAAUUCAUCUGUCCCUGGGAGGGAGAAGUCUGAGUUCUACAGUUACCCGGAGCCAAGACAUGCUCAGGGCCACAGCCACAGCAGCCAUUGCAGAGGGAGAGAGAGAGGGCCAGUGGGAGCUGACUUGCAAUGUAACCCUGGGGGAUCAGAACCGGGAAGUCCAGGGCAAUCUGACUGUCUACAGUUUCCCUCUGCCUAACCUAGUCAUCAGCAAGCCCAGUGUACCUGAGGGGACCCUGGUGAAUGUGACCUGUGAAGCAAGGGCAGGGGCCAAGGUGUGGAUGAAUGGGACCCUCUGGUCGCCUGGUAAGAAGGCCCAUCUCUUGGUGAAUGCCACAGAGGAACACGAUGGGUCCUGGUUUACCUGCCAAGCAGUCUUGGAACUGUUGGGAGAGAAGCUUUGGAGGAACAAAAGCCUGCAGCUUCUCAUCCAGUAUGGCCCGCGGCUGGAAGAGGCCAACUGUCCUGGGAACUGGAUCUGGCCAGAGGGAACCAUGCAGAUCCCGCAGUGCAAGGCCAGUGGGAAUCCGGUCCCGUCAGUGGUCUGUGUCCGGGAGAAAGAUCAGAUGAGCCUGUCUCUCGGGGUCCCCCUAAAGGUCGCCAGGGCUCACGGGGGUCCCUACCGCUGCUCCGCCACGAGCCACCGGGGCAAGGUGGCCAAAUAUGUGACCGUGACCGUAGAGGAAUCCCGGAGGGACCCGAUCCCCAUCGUCAUGGGGGCGCUGCUGGCCCUGGGCUUCGCGGCCUUGGUUGGGGCGAUCGCAGUCCUCUGGUUCCGGCAGAGUCGGCGGAAGGGAAGUUACCAGCCCCCGACGCUGCCCCUACAGGAUCUGAGAGCCGAACGAAAGAUGGAAGAGGAGCUCGAGAUGGCCAAGACCGGAAGCCUCGGCCUAGAUCAAUAAAAACUACUACAGA